CAGCAUUCCAGUACUAAAAGUGAAUGACUGAGGAAUUAUGUGUUGCAGGAACCAUGUUGAUUAAAACAAGACUUGGCGAACAACAAACAUUUGUCUGACUAACAGAGCCAUUUCUGAAGGAGUUUUUGAUUACAGGUAAGACACCGGUAUUAAUGAAGCUUAACAGGAAGCUAUGAGGUGCUUGUAAUGUUAAUUCACCCAUUGUUUUUUCAAAAGUAAUGUUCCAGAGUCUAUGCACAUAGUAUUAGUGAGUAUUAGAGUAACAUAACCUCAUAAUUGUGAUUUACACAAACAUUUGUCUUUUUCUCUAGCAUCUGCUGAAUUUGGCGUGCUAGCUAUAAGAGGGCGUGAAGGUUGUUGACAGUUCUGGGACUGAGUUGGAUGAGGAUGUUGUUAAGGAUCCCUUGGCUGGAGUCCUAACCAUCAAAUAUGAAACUGGUUUGUUACAUUUAUCAUUUAUGUUAGUAUUUAAUGAGCUUGCUAAUUCAUUGUGGUUAGUGUUUUUGUCUUUCAUCUGCUUCUCUUAUGAUCAAAAUUUGUCUCCUUGGUGGAAUCGCCUGAGGAAUCUUAGCCAAGCUCGUCUGAUUCUCAAGAGAUACUCAUUCUUUCAGAGAGUCCUUCUGCUAAACAAGCAGCAGCUAGACACAGAACCUGAACAAGUAAGAAUUAACUCAAGAACUUACAAAAAGUAUUGUGUUCUAAAAAUCUUUAUCACAUUUUCCCCCAGAAAACCUACGAUGCUUGGUGGUUGGGGUGCUAGAGCAGUCCACCAGCAGCCCACCACGUUUUUCUGUUAAAUGUUGAAAGUUACAACAAUUCAGAGGUGCACUAGCACUUGAUAUGUAUUUAAAAGCUGAAAUGAUUUGUUCUUUUAAGUUGGUGGAAUCCAUUCUCAACAACACACCUGGUGGAGAAAGGAUCAUGAAGGAAUUUAAUCGAAGCAAGUGCCUCACAGAUGAAACCAGAAGGAAAUUGGUUAACAUACUCGCAGCUGAUAUGACAGAGAAGAUUGGGAUCUCACCAUGCAGAGAGGUUAAAGAAAUGUAUUCCAGAGGAAUUGUGAGCUUUUUUCCCUACCUCAUUGAUCCAUUCUCCAGGAAAGGUUAUGAGCAUUAUUACGAUGCUGCAAGUGGUAUCGGGUAUUUAGCCUGGAGGAUAAAAAUUAUUCAAAGAUCCACUGCUAGAGACAGACGAACAUCAUAUGGAGCAAAAUGCAAAGAAGCAUUGCGUGAACAUGGGCUUGGGGGACCAGCUGUCAGACAGGAGACCCAGUUUGUUCCAGAGACUGUCCUGAGUGAAGAAGAGUGUAAGGAAGCCAUAGCACUGAUUAAGCAUUCAGCCGAUAAGGACACAAUCAAGAAGAAGAUGAAGCUCACAUUUGACUUCCGGCGCAACACGGUCCUCUACCCCCAACAGCCAAGCAACAUACUCUCUGUCUUUCCACGUUUCAAAGAUGUCAAAGGCUUGGUGGAGCAGGAUUUUGUCCUGAUGUUUGGAGAAGACGUGCCUGGCAAGUUUCUGGAGCAACAGAUGACCACCUUCAAGAGAAAGAUCAUCCAACAAUGCAGAAAACUUCCAACCACCAGUGACCUUGAAGAACUUCUCCUGGCUACUGACCCUCCUGAGGAUGCCACUGAAGUGGAUGAUGACAUGAGUUGGGAUAAUGACCUCUCAUCAAUUUUGCUGCUACAACACCUCAUUCCUCCCUCUGCAUUGGGCCGAAAGAAACCUUGGAAGAUGUCUGGCUAUCAACCAGAGAAGCAUCUUGUGGUCUUCAAGAAGACAGAAACCAGCAUUCAAGAACAUCUUGAUGCCGUCAUGAGCACACAACCCUAUCUCCUGGCUGUGGGACAGAGGAAGAAAGUAGAUCACCAGUUCUUCAUCCUUGACAAAAAUGUCAUUGCUUGCAGGUCAACCUCUUCUCUUGGUGCUUUUGACGAACUGUUUAAGGCACAUUAUGUGUUUGCCGCAACAUACAACCCUGUGUUAGUUUCUUCAAGCAACAAUUAAAAAGCUUUAAAAACAUUACUAAAACAUUAGCGAAAAAGCAUCAAAGUUACAUGGCAAUGCAUCAUGAAUCAUUUGGCCAGGAAAGAUUCAGUGUAGGUCCAGGAAAGAUGGUGACACUUUGUGAGUUAAAAGAGGGAGAAGCGAUUGCUGCAAAGUUUGGAAUUGUUUCAACAACCAGUGUGUUUUCUGCCAAGUGGAUAAAAUACUAUGGUACAGAGUACCGUCCUGACUUUAUUAUAUGUACUGAGGUAGCAUGUGAGAUGCCUGUAUUUUGUAAGAUUCAAACAAUUGUUGUAAAAGAUGACAGUGUUUUGCUCUGUGGAAAAUUUAUGGAAACCAUGUGUUUUGAUGACCACUACCAUGCCUUUAAGGUCAAGCUGCAUCCAGAAAUUGUUCGAAAGGUUUUGCAUAUAAAUGAUCUGUUAUACUUCAAACCAUUUGAUGUUCAAAUGAAGUACGGUACGACAGAUACUGCCUUAUAUGUGGUUCCAUAUUGCCAUUUUAUGCAGACAUAGGAUAAUUUUGCUAAUGGUGUUCUUAAGAGACUGAAGUUAACUGUUUGUGGACUUGAGAUCGGUUGUUUGGCAUGCCAGGCACCCUGGAAGCUAUUUUGCAGUCAAUGCAAAGUCCUCUACUGUAAUAAGAUGUACACCAUGUCAUGUUACUGUAACACUACUAAAAGUGUGUUAACUAAAAGUUAACAAAUCCUUUAAAUCUGCUUUAGUUCAAUAAAGUUAAGUUAAAUGCA